AUGUUAAAUAAAGAAAAUGUUGAAAGAGUUGCAGUCUUAAUUAGCUGUGGAGAAGAAGAAGAGUUAAUUGGAGUUCCCCUAUUAGAAAAUGGUGCUGGCAGUACAAUUGCAAAAUCUGUUUAUUCAGAACAUGGAAAGUGGGGUGCACUUGACAAGAUUCAAGCAAUGUCCUUUGACACAACUGCCGUGAAUACUGGCCGCAUUAAAGUUCAUCAUCCAAGGAGCGAUUACAAAGGAUUGAUUAAUCUUUGUCUUAUAUUUUUAGAACGCUUUCCGUCAGAAAACAUCGUGUUUGCGGCUCCUAGUGCUUUUCAUCACGCAAGAAUUAUGGGUAAUAAUGAAGAAUAUUUAAUGAGUAAAAAGAUUGUGGACGGAUUAAAAGUUACAAAUGAUACAGCAAAAAGGGGUGUUAAAUUAAUAACAGGUUUAGGGUGGUUUAGGUUGUUCAUGAAGCGGCAUCCAUCUCUUAGUAUUAGAAGCCCUGAAACAUGUAGUCUCUCACGGACUACAUCAUUUAACCGACACAACAUUGGUCAAUUUUAUAAAAAUUUAGAAAAUUCCUUGGAAAAUCCUUCGUUGCUCAUCCUUGACAACCAUGAAAGUCAUCUAUCUCUUCCAGUUAUCGACUUAGCAAAAAUGAAGAUUUUUUAUCGAGUGCUGUUUCAGAUCGUCCGGAUCCUGCUUUUAGUGGACCUUGUACAUCUAAUCAUUUGUUUGGAUCCUGCUCUUGAUAAACCUUGUCCUGUUUCUGUUUAUCCGGAUCCUACUCUUAGUGGGCCUUGUCCAUCCGUUUCAGAUCAUCUGGAUCCUACUCAUAAUAAAUUUAGUUCAACGUCUAGCUAUACUGGUCAGCUAGCACCUGUUACAUUUUUAACGCCGGAGCAGUUUAAAGGAUAUUCAAAAGCAGGGAAUAGAAAAACAAACAACAUAGGUAGAUAA